AACCCAGAAUUUUCGCCGGCGCGGUGAGCUGGUUCUCCCCUCUGGCCGGCAGGCUGGGCGCGCAGGGGCGCGAGCCCCCGCCGGGCACGCAGCGGCACCAUGGGCACGGUGCUGUCCCUGUCCCCCAGCUACCGGAAGGCCGCGCUGUUUGAGGAUGGCGCGGCCACGGUGGGCCACUACACGGCCGUGCAGAACAGCAAAAACGCCAAGGACAAGAACCUGAAGCGCCACUCCAUCAUCUCCGUGCUCCCUUGGAAGAGGAUCGUGGCCGUGUCGGCCAAGAAGAAGAACUCCAAGAAGGUGCAGCCCGACAGCAGCUACCAGAACAACAUCACGCACCUCAACAAUGAGAACCUGAAGAAGUCGCUGUCGUGCGCCAACCUGUCCACGUUCGCCCAGCCCCCGCCGGCCCAGCCGCCCGCGCCCCCCGCCAGCCAGCUCCCCGGCUCCCAGAGCGGGGGCUCGGGCUCCUCGUCGGUCAAGAAGGCCCCGCAUCCCACCGUCACCUCCGCGGGCACGCCCAAACGGGUCAUCGUCCAGGCGUCCACCAGCGAGCUGCUGCGCUGCCUGGGCGAGUUCCUGUGCCGCCGGUGCUACCGCCUGAAGCACCUGUCCCCCACGGACCCCGUGCUGUGGCUGCGCAGCGUGGACCGCUCGCUGCUGCUGCAGGGCUGGCAGGACCAGGGCUUCAUCACGCCUGCCAACGUGGUCUUCCUCUAUAUGCUGUGCAGGGAUGUCAUCUCCUCCGAGGUGGGCUCCGACCACGAGCUGCAGGCCGUCCUGCUCACCUGCCUGUACCUCUCCUACUCCUACAUGGGCAACGAGAUCUCCUACCCGCUCAAGCCUUUCCUGGUGGAGAGCUGUAAGGAGGCCUUCUGGGACCGCUGCCUCUCCGUCAUCAACCUCAUGAGCCCCAAGAUGCUGCAGAUCAACGCUGACCCCCACUACUUCACACAGGUGUUCUCCGACCUGAAAAACGAGAGUGGCCAGGAGGACAGGAAGCGACUCCUCCUGGGGCUGGAUCGGUGAGCCCCCGGGGCCUGUGCCGGGCUCACGGAGUCACUUCAAUUUUUGUUUUCUUUUUUUUUUUUUUUAUUUUUUAAAAAUUGACGAAGCAGAACCGAGUGUUGUGUACAGUCCAUGCCCAGCGCAGCUGCUGUGGUUCGCUCCUUCCCCACGGCCCCUUCUUGGGCGUUCUCUGCAGCCCCGCGGGUGGCCAGCCAGAGGACCUCAUGCAAGCCCCCGAGGAUGCGUCCGGAGCUGCCGGGUGGCCAGCCUCUCCUUUUGGGGACCACAGAGGAGACCCACCUGUCUCCACUGCCGGCGCCCUUGCUGGAUCUAGGGUGGGCCAGGCUUUUGCCCCUUGCUGCCUGGACAGGUGCUGGUGAGGGCCCCCCCACAGCUGGUGGCCCUGGUGAGGAAUUGGGGCUCCCAAGUAAAGGCUCUUUUUCAGCCACUGUUCUGGGUCACUCGUGCUCCCAGCGGCUCGUGGACGGCGCAGCCUGCUUUGGUGGA